ACCUGUAACUAUAUAAGGAAGCGCCGGGGAGGCGGUGAGCAGGCAGUUUCGUGAAGGCUGAGAACUGAGUUGCGGUUCUUCUGUGUUUGCUGUCGCCACCACCACUUGACAAUGCAGAUCUUUGUGAAGACCUUGACUGGUAAGACCAUCACCCUGGAGGUGGAGCCCAGUGACACCAUCGAGAACGUCAAGGGGAAGAUCCAAGAAAAAGAGGGCAUCCCCCCAGACCAGCAGAGGUUGAUCUUUGCCGGGAAACAGCUGGAAGAUGGGCGCACCCUGUCUGACUACAACAUCCAGAAAGAGUCCACUCUGCACCUGGUCCUCCGCCUCAGAGGUGGGAUGCAGAUCUUCGUGAAGACCUUGACCGGUAAGACCAUCACCUUGGAGGUGGAGCCCAGUGACACCAUCGAGAACGUCAAGGCGAAGAUCCAAGACAAGGAGGGCAUCCCCCCAGACCAGCAGAGGUUGAUCUUUGCCGGGAAACAGCUGGAAGAUGGGCGCACCCUGUCUGACUACAACAUCCAGAAAGAGUCCACUCUGCACCUGGUCCUCCGCCUCAGAGGUGGGAUGCAGAUCUUCGUGAAGACCUUGACCGGUAAGACCAUCACCUUGGAGGUGGAGCCCAGUGACACCAUCGAGAACGUCAAGGCGAAGAUCCAAGACAAGGAGGGCAUCCCCCCAGACCAGCAGAGGUUGAUCUUUGCCGGGAAACAGCUGGAAGAUGGGCGCACCCUGUCUGACUACAACAUCCAGAAAGAAUCCACUCUGCACUUGGUCCUCCGCCUCAGAGGUGGGAUGCAGAUCUUCGUGAAGACCUUGACCGGUAAGACCAUCACCCUGGAGGUGGAGCCCAGUGACACCAUCGAGAACGUCAAGGCGAAGAUCCAAGACAAGGAGGGCAUCCCCCCAGACCAGCAGAGGUUGAUCUUUGCCGGGAAACAGCUGGAAGAUGGGCGCACCCUGUCUGACUACAACAUCCAGAAAGAGUCCACUCUGCACCUGGUCCUCCGCCUCAGAGGUGGGAUGCAGAUCUUCGUGAAGACCUUGACCGGUAAGACCAUCACCUUGGAGGUGGAGCCCAGUGACACCAUCGAGAACGUCAAGGCGAAGAUCCAAGACAAGGAGGGCAUCCCCCCAGACCAGCAGAGGUUGAUCUUUGCCGGGAAACAGCUGGAAGAUGGGCGCACCCUGUCUGACUACAACAUCCAGAAAGAGUCCACUCUGCACCUGGUCCUCCGCCUCAGAGGUGGGAUGCAGAUCUUCGUGAAGACCUUGACCGGUAAGACCAUCACCUUGGAGGUGGAGCCCAGUGACACCAUCGAGAACGUCAAGGCGAAGAUCCAAGACAAGGAGGGCAUCCCCCCAGACCAGCAGAGGUUGAUCUUUGCCGGGAAACAGCUGGAAGAUGGGCGCACCCUGUCUGACUACAACAUCCAGAAAGAAUCCACUCUGCACUUGGUCCUCCGCCUCAGAGGUGGGAUGCAGAUCUUCGUGAAGACCUUGACCGGUAAGACCAUCACCCUGGAGGUGGAGCCCAGUGACACCAUCGAGAACGUCAAGGCGAAGAUCCAAGACAAGGAGGGCAUCCCCCCAGACCAGCAGAGGUUGAUCUUUGCCGGGAAACAGCUGGAAGAUGGGCGCACCCUGUCUGACUACAACAUCCAGAAAGAGUCCACUCUGCACCUGGUCCUCCGCCUCAGAGGUGGGAUGCAGAUCUUCGUGAAGACCUUGACCGGUAAGACCAUCACCCUGGAGGUGGAGCCCAGUGACACCAUCGAGAACGUCAAGGCGAAGAUCCAAGACAAGGAGGGCAUCCCCCCAGACCAGCAGAGGUUGAUCUUUGCCGGGAAACAGCUGGAAGAUGGGCGCACCCUGUCUGACUACAACAUCCAGAAAGAGUCCACUCUGCACCUGGUCCUCCGCCUCAGAGGUGGGAUGCAGAUCUUCGUGAAGACCUUGACCGGUAAGACCAUCACCCUGGAGGUGGAGCCCAGUGACACCAUCGAGAACGUCAAGGCGAAGAUCCAAGACAAGGAGGGCAUCCCCCCAGACCAGCAGAGGUUGAUCUUUGCCGGGAAACAGCUGGAAGAUGGGCGCACCCUGUCUGACUACAACAUCCAGAAAGAGUCCACUCUGCACUUGGUCCUCCGCCUCAGAGGUGGGAUGCAGAUCUUCGUGAAGACCUUGACCGGUAAGACCAUCACCCUGGAGGUGGAGCCCAGUGACACCAUCGAGAACGUCAAGGCGAAGAUCCAAGACAAGGAGGGCAUCCCCCCAGACCAGCAGAGGUUGAUCUUUGCCGGGAAACAGCUGGAAGAUGGGCGCACCCUGUCUGACUACAACAUCCAGAAAGAGUCCACUCUGCACCUGGUCCUCCGCCUCAGAGGUGGGAUGCAGAUCUUCGUGAAGACCUUGACCGGUAAGACCAUCACCCUGGAGGUGGAGCCCAGUGACACCAUCGAGAACGUCAAGGCGAAGAUCCAAGACAAGGAGGGCAUCCCCCCAGACCAGCAGAGGUUGAUCUUUGCCGGGAAACAGCUGGAAGAUGGGCGCACCCUGUCUGACUACAACAUCCAGAAAGAGUCCACUCUGCACCUGGUCCUGCGCUUGAGGGGAGGUGUCUAAGUUCUCCCUUUUAAGCUUUCGACAAAUUUCGUUGCACUUUUCUUUCAAUAAAGUUGUUGGCAUUCUCAAA